AUGGAUGGCGGAAUGGUUCCUUACUUAAAAUUACCUGUAAAAGUGCCUGAGGUUUACCAUGAAGCAAUUUCUUUUUAUCCACAUUUUAAAAACGUCUUUGAAACUCCAAAUCUCAUUAACCUAUUUACCAACGGAAAAUUUUCACAACACAGUUUGACAUUCGUCAAAUUACUAGUCACUAUGUGGAGUAGUGCUUCCAGCAGCCUGGAAAAGAAGGCUGAUUUAGUGCAAGUGAUUUACUCUUUGGAAAACUCCAGCACCAUAAAUUUCGCAUUUGUUAGUAAUUCAAUAGGAGUUCAUAUACCUGAGUUUGACAAAGCUGGAUAUUGCAUUUGUGAGCUUAAAAUACGAUUACAAUCGGCAACUUUUUCUGCUAAACAAACACCAUUAAGUGGCAAGUCUAUAAAUAUAUACGCUAAAAAUUUGAAAGCUAGUUAUAAAAAUGUGAGUUUUACUGGAUGGCUUGCUAUAGUAUUUUGUAGGUUCAAUCACGGCAUCGUUAUUAAAAAAGUGUUCUUGUUUGUAAAUUCUAGUUACUUUGUUUCUCAGGAAUUAUUUAUAAAGUGUGAGUUUCAAAAUCCGGCAUCAAAUUUACGCAACAAGCUGAAUAGGACAAAUUACUACAAAAAAAGCCCUGGGGGUCCCGAAACAAAUUGUAACGAAUGGUAUGUGCAAAUUUUAGUGAGUAAAAACUUUCAUUGUGUUGCUAAAACUGUUAAACACAAAUGUUAUUUAUUUUCAAGGUUCCCACCAUUUCAUUGGCUUAAUACCAAUAACCGGUUUGCUAAUUGUCGGUACACAUGCCCACCGGAUGAAGCUUUAGCUGAUGUACUUUGUUUUAUUUGCUUGGGUACAUCUCCUUAA